AUGGGCAUGCCUAUUGCCUAUUAUUCUAAACUUAUAAACUAUUACGAACAGGUUUAUCAUGAACCUGAAAAAGGAAUGUCUGGCAGUAGUGUAUUCGAUACCAAAGAAGAUUGUGCUGCUAAAAGAUUACCUAGACGCAGAGCAACAGAGGCCUGCAAAAACAUCACGCGUAUCAGCGAAUCCUCCUCGGAAACCGAGUCUCCCAAUGAAACAGAGAGUAGUGAAGAUUCUGACCCGCCUGUAUUUAGGAAAGCUUACAGUGUGCUUCCAAGUUUAGAACCCACUCUAUCUAAGAAAGAUAAGUCUUUGCCUAAAAUUACACCUCCCGCCACUCAUGUACCAUGCCCGUGGUUUUCUCCAUUUGUAGAACCCCGAGUAGAGGUCUACAUCGAUGGAGAUUGCAGUUUCUCGGAGAACCAAAGAGUUAAAGUAGGAAUAGGAGUGUGGUUCGGACCCAAUCACCGGUUGAAGGUAUCCAAAUCAGCAGAAGGGCGAAAAACUAAUAAUGUGACUGAAAUUAAUGCUGCUAAAAAGGCAGAGGAAGGAGGAAUCAAAGAGAUAUGUUUAAGGAAGAUUCAAAAUGUCACCUGGGAACAUAUCCCAAGACACCGUGGCAUUGAGGGAAACGAAGAAGCAGAUAGAUUGGCCCGGGAAAUGAUGAGAGAAGAAGAAAACAGUACCAGAGGGGCCUUAAACAAAACAGAGCACAUCUCUGACCCGUCAUAA